GACUCCAGGCGGGAUUGGCUGGAUAUAAUUAGGCAGACUGGCCUUGGUUUUGCUGAGCAAACAGUUUGGGCUAAAAACAGUCCUGAGCAGAAGUGUGCAGCGGAGAGAGGCGAGGCGAGGCCGUGGGAGACCCUCACAAGAUGACCAGCCAAGGUGUGUCAGAACUCAUCUACUGGAAAGAUGCCAAGUGGACGGGCUUCAUCUUCACUGGGCUCGUGGUGGCGCUGAUCACCUUGUCGCAGAUCAGCAUCAUCAGCAUUGCCUCCAACCUGUCCCUGACGAUCCUGUGCAUGACGAUUUCGGCUCGCCUUUAUAUGAAAAUCCUGAAGGCCUUGAAGAAGUCUGAUGGCACAAAUCCAUUCCAGACCUAUCUGGAUGUGGACAUCAGCCUGUCACAAGAGCAGACUCAGAAGUUUGUGGACCGGAUUAUUGUGAUGGUCACGUCCGCCAUGACGGAGGUGCGCCGGUUAUUUCUGGUGGACAGUUUCAUCGACUCUAUCAAGUUCACAGUCUUGAUGUACCUGCUCACCUACAUUGGCGCCGUUUUCAAUGGCCUGACUCUCGUCAUUAUCGCUGUGAUCUGUGUGUUCUCCAUACCGCUGCUGUACCGGCAACACCAGGCACAAAUUGAUCAGUAUGUGGGGCUGGUGACAUCCCAGAUUGGAAAUAUUAGAGAAAAGUUCCGGGCAAAAAUUCCAAGUGCCAAAGCCAAAGAGCAGUGAGAAGGAGGUACUUGGGGCAGUGGGUGGGGCCACGCUGAGAGGCGGGUAUUGUGAAGACACCACAAAGUGCUUAUCAUUGCGAUGGUCAAUCGCUCCAUUUUGGAUGAAGCCUUUCUCUUUUGUCACUUAUGUCUUAGCCGCCGAGCGCUCAAAGACAGGGUACCGAUUUGCAAAGCAAUGACACGUCUUUCCUAUUAAACGACGACUUUUUACAA